AUGGGGGCCACGAAAAGAAUAAAGACCAAACGACGGACGAGAGACUACGAUCAAGUCUGCGCGGACAUAAACUCCUCCAAACACCUUUCCCAAUAUAAAGAGACCAAGGCCGCAGAAGACCUGCCUGGCCUAGGCAGGCAUUACUGUGUCGAGUGUGCGAAAUGGUUCGAAAGUGAUUAUAAUCUCGUGGCUCAUCGGCGGGGGAAGAAUCAUAAGCGGAGGCUCCGUCUCCUGAAGGAAGAACCACAUUCGCAAAAGAUAGCGGAAGCUGCUAUUGGAUUAGGAACGGAUAAUGGGACGCGGGAUGUGCAGGCUAUGGACGUUGUGGAAUCGGAAAUGAUCGAGUGA